AUGGCGCCCAUUGCUUCCGAACUGGCGACGCUGCGAGCGCUCAGUUUCCGCAUCUCCUCCACGGCAACAUCCCAGCUCCCCCAACACGUGCCUGCCAUAGCUGCGUCAUUAGCCAAUUGCAGGGCCCUCCUCUCUUCGGCCCAGGCCUCAGGUACCAAAGCGACGUCCUCGGAAGCAUCCGUCGCUAUACACAAAUACCGCACUCUACUCACCACUCUGCUCCAAGACCGGACUCCCCAAGGAAGAUGGUGUGCCAUAGUCUUGAUCAAGGCCACGAUUGAAGUUGGGGGUUGGGAGACUCUGCAGAAGAGUUUGCCAUGGGUGCGUGGUCUUCUAGGAUUCUUGAACAAGCCAGAUUCGCCGUCGUCAAAGAAGCUCUGCAUCAUCACCUUGACGCGCAUCUUCCUUCUGACCAGAGAGUACCCGACGUUGAUCCGCGAAAUCACUACUCCGUCGCUAUCACCUUUCGUCCAAGUCUGUCUACAGAUAGCAAAUGCCAAAGCCACCCCCGUCAGUCUGCUACAGAUCAUCCUAGAAAGCUUCAAUGAGCUGCUGCCCCGGCAUCCUACCAUCUUCCGGUCUUAUCUAAAGCAACUUUACCCGCUGCUCGGACGUCUCAUCGCACCCACGCCAUCUGAUAAACUCAGCCAAGAGCAGCGGACUGGAACUAACCAUGGGGCGUGCUCGGAUAUCGCAGCUGCUGCGCGCCAACUCUACGUCCAAUUACCUUGCUGUGCACCAAAAGGAGCUUCGAGCGAAGAGUGGACAAAGGCUGUCAAGCACAUCACAAACGUCACUCAUCAGACGACAGACCGCGUGUUCCGCGCCGUGAUUGAAGACUGGCAAUCUACGGCACGUGAAGCACCUCUGUCGAACGGUCACACACUGGAUGACGAAGUUCAAGACCUGGAGCCGAGCUCAGAUCUAUCCGCCUGGUCGGGAAUGUUCGCGGGUGGCGAACGCUUGAUAGGCCUGCUCUACGUCAUCAAGGAGUACAUCGAAAGCCCCACAGCCAACACGGUGUAUCUCAAUGUUGGCAUGAUCGUUGACCUGCUCUCGAGAAUGCUUUCCCUCACCAUUCCCGUGGCGGCGAGCAAGAACUUCCAGAACACCGUACGUCUAAAUGCCCAAGUCAGUAAGGACGAGCGUGAAAGCCUUUGGUUAUUGUUGCCAGACGUACAUGUCGCCGCGAUUGAAGUGCUUCUUGCUCUAGCACACAGAUCCCAGAGCAGCACGUUGGCACUGGAUCCUGCCAUCAUUGACCAACUUGUGUGGGUAUUUAGUGCGGAAAAAGAGACAGCCCAGAUCAGAACAGCAUGCUACACGGCAAUUGCUGCUUUGUUGAGGAGAUCUGGAGUCGCUCUCCACAAGACUACCAUCGAUUCCCUCGUGCCUCUCAUUCGCGCUUGCUGCGACGAUCUACUACCGCCCGAGACCGCGGCGCCUACAAACCAACGGACGCCCGGCCAGGCCAAGGCCAAUGGAAACAGUCAGCCCCAGACCACUGCCAACGCCGAUAGCUUCCUUGGCGCUGCGAAGAACGCCGGCGGCCCCAACGCUGGAUUCCCUGGACUCCAACAAGCCGCCCACGAUCUGCUUCCGGUUCUACUCUCAAGUAUUCCGGCUCAAUACCUGUCUGACUCAAUGCGCGCUCGCCUGGACCGUACCGCUAUUCUCACCCAACACAAAGAAGCCAUGGUAGCUAGCGUGUUGAACCCACCACCAAGCAAGAAGUUUGGAAAGCCCGCAGCAAGCAUACUACCACUCAUGGCUCGAUCGUUCUCCGCUGAGAUGGAUGUAGAGGGUAUGCUUAGACCAAGGAUGCCAGUCAUUCGCCUGGGUGGCAAGGAUUUGGAGUUGGAUGAUGGCAACGAUGAAGACGAAGAGAUGGAUGUUGAGGAUGAAGAAGUUGAAGAAGAAGAGCAGCAAGCUCUGGAGCAGGCAGAUGACCACUUUGCUGGACAAGAGUUGGACAAUCUGCUGGAAACCGCUGGGCAAUCAGAUACGGCAGCGAAGGACUUUGCUAUGGAAGACGCGCCAACACCCAGCAAACCUGACCUCUCAACUCCACGAUCAGUUCGCAAAGGUACACUUGCGCAACGCCCUACCAUCUCCGAACCUACCGCGUUCAGCGAAACCAAGCGGCCGAUAGGCGAAGAUGGUCCUCUUUCGCCUUCCAAGCGAGCAAAGACUGGCGAAGACGAGCAGCGCACAACACACCCAAUACCUCCUGCGCCAGCAGCAUCUAUAACCUUCAGCGAAGCUACUCCGAAUACAACUCUGGUAGCUACGUCAGAUUUCGCCGCUACCAGCACCGCCUCGGCUGUCCCUGAACUUCCCGAGCCAGGUGAAGGAGACCUCGACGACGAGGACAGUGACGAUGACAAGAUAUCGCUUGUACUUGGGGUAGACACGGACGACGAGUCUGAUUAG